AUGGGCAAAAAGAAGCUCGCCUCUUCCUCGAAUUACGACCAAGAUGAGAAAUUUAAGAAGUUUCCGUCCUUCCAAUUGCCUUUCAACAACAACAACAUGAACAACAACAACAACAGAGAAGGGAAGAAGAAGUCUUUCCUUUCCAAUUUAAAAGGCAAAAUGGACUUAAACAAAUACAAAGAAAACUUAAUGGCAACCGCGGCUGGGAAGAUCAUCGCCGGCGCGGCCUCUGGAAUUGGUUCCAUGCUGUUAUUUGCGGCGGUAUUUAAAGUCGUCUCCGCGAAAACCGCGGAAACGUCCGACGCGAAGAAAGAGGCGAAUAAAUUAGACAUCGAAAGAAAGGCACGUUUGGCGGACGUGCGAAGACAGUUAGCGGGUCCUUUGAGAGCGUCUGCGAUUGAGUUGCACGAACGGUUGGAGGAUAUCUUGUGCACGCCUCCGAGACGAAAAUCGCAACUGGAGAGAGUUCCGCAACCGGUGAACUUCUUCGCGCUGCACUUUCCGGAUGAUCCGUCGGAUUGCGUCAACUCGACGUUGUUUCGAAUAUGCGCGUAUUUAGAAAAAGUUUUGCAGUUUAAUCACGGGGUGCACGUGGAAGGAGUUUCAGAGGAGGACACGUGGCAAUAUCUUCUCGAUAAGAAGCUCGCGAGCAUUCAAAGAGCGAUGGCGAGCUCGAUUCCGAGAUUUGAUGCGGUUUUGAAAGGGGAGAGGUUGACCGAGGUGAUCGCGGUGAUGGUGUCGAGGGCGAUGGUGCAAUACGACGACGACGGGACGGCGGGGGCGUCGAAGUUUGUAGAUAGUCUAGUUGGAGAAAAAGAGGCCGAAGAUUUAGCAGAUGCGGUGGCAAGGUACAGAAAAAGAACUGCGGCGAUUCAUCGCACGGAUUCGUUGGGCAGGUCGCAACAGUUGUUCCCGGAAUUCGAGCCGGCGACAAAUUUGAAAGAGCGAGAUUUCUCGGCGAGUCAUUUCGAGUUUUCGAGAGAAUACAGAUGGCCGAUGCGGUUUUUCGAGGAUCAUCAAAUUGCCAUGGCAGAAAUAUUUGCAAGCAUACGGCCGAAAUCAGAGCAAACGCAAACGAUCGGCGGCAGGCCACAGAAGGAGAUUGAAUACAUCGCUUUCGUGGCGAAGAUUGAGGAAGCGUUGGCGUUGGAAUCGGAGAAUCCGCCCGGGUCGAUGCGUUCUAAUCCAUGGGUGCACUGGAUGCUUCCGGCAAGAAGUGAAAUCGCGCGAUACGCGAGUUUGCAAGCGCAAAACUUUAAACUGUUGAGACGGAGAGAGAUGCGUGAGUUGACCGCGGCUCGCGCGAGGUUGGUGCAGUUGUCGAAAGCGUUGCAAGAUCUCAUCGACAUGUUGUACAUGCGCUUCGAUCACCCGGCGUUCAAAGUGAAAUCGAGAGACGACAAGUUCAAACACUUGAAACGUUUGGAAAUGAAGAAACGACAACAGGAAAAGUUUAACAGACAAGCCUCGGCACGAGCGCAAAAGUAUUGGAAGAUUAUAGAGGAGUACGUGCCAGUCAUCGCGAGGAACCAUUCGUUAGAGGGUAUCGAUAGGAAAGGCGAGCGGCAGCCGUGGAAGUUUCAAAUUCCAUUUCGGAAGGAUUCUUACGAAAUUCCAACGAGAACGGGUUGGGAAAUUGUUGUCGCGUCAGUUGGAGUCGGUUUUGCUAUUUUGCUUCCGCCGUUGUUGUUGCAAUCAGUCGCGAACAAGGCGGUGAAGAGUCCACGAAUUCCUCUUUCGGAGUGGUUGCAGAAAACGCCAAAAGAGUUGAUGAUCGCGGCGAAGAAAUCCUCUUCUUCAGCCUCUAUUAAUAAUAGCGGUAGGAAGAAACAACAGUCGGUACCAAAACCUAAGGUAAUGGUGGAGGAAGAGAUCACGUAUGUAAUCGCGAAAGAUGACGGAGAACGAGGAGAAUUCUCAUCCGGGCUGCCACCGGCUUCUUCAUCAUAA